AUGCUUAGAAACUCAGCAUCACGAUACCCAAUUACGAGAUGCUCCUCUUUAAAAACUGUUGUCAACAGCAGGCCGUUCUCUGCUUCUACAUCGGUUUCAUCACCGCUUAAGACAACUACAUUGGAUGAUUCUCUGGAAACAUUCGUUUCAGCAUUUCCAGUCGAAACGGUUUCGGAACCCAAUAGAUAUGUGAAUAAUAAUAAUAAUACACUUACAUCUAAUGGACCAAUAAGUGUAUUGAAAUAUCUACAACAGCAGACUAAUUUGAACCCCAGGGAAGCAGCUACUUUAUUAGAAUUUUCAACUGAGAACUUCACUGCUGAAGACUACUCUACAUUUGUCAACCGUCUAUUUGACCUAUACAAGAAAGGCGAUCGGAGAUUAAAAUCUUUAAGAACUUGGAAUUCAUUAUACCAUAUUUAUCGUGUGUUCAUUGUGAAUAAUAUUGGUUUGCAGGGACUAAAUGCUAUGAUGCUUCACGAUAUGAAUGAGUUUAUCAAAAUUUUAAUGGACUUGGGGGACUUGCCAUCCGCUAGAGGUGUAUUUCAAUUGAUAUUGAAGAAUUCAGAGAACGGAGAGAUACCAAAUGAUACAGAAAUAAUAAACACCUUUCUAAGAUUAUACUGUGGUGCUUUGAAUAAUAAAUGGAGGGACGAGUCAACCAAAACACGCGCCUUCUAUCAGCAUCUCAUAUUAUCAGUCUCGAAAUCAGAAUCUAAUUCAGUAUAUUAUCCAACAAUCGGUGUACCUCAGUUUCAGUCUCUUUUAAGAAAGUUGCUAGAACAACCAGAGUACGCGACAUUAAGAAAUACCGAAAUGGAUUCCUUAAUUAUAAAAGCAUUAGGACACCAUAAGGAGGUGUCUUUCUUGAAAAAAUACUUAACACUACUUUAUGGUGUGGGGGAAAAUGGUAAAACAAUUGCGGUAGAUGCAUCCUCCCACAGACUCACUCCAGACUCAAAACUUCUAAGUUCCAUACUGAUAGCUUUUGCACAUAACAAAGAGCUUGGAUCAGGAAUACGUGUUGUUGAAGAAUUAUUAUCCAAAAAUCCUGAUAUAGCUUUAGAUGCGUACUUUUGGAGAACCCUAAUGAAGUGCAGUAUACGAAGUUGGAAUAAACUGAAAGAUAAACAGGGUACGUUACCGACCAAGGCCUGGAACAUGAUGAAAAGCUACUACACGUCUAGAGGGAAACCAGUCCCCUUUGAUAGAAAGACUAUGUUGCUCAGAUUUUACUUCGUAAAGAGCACCAAAAAUUCUGCAGCUGCAAUGGACGAUGUGAAGCAAGUCUUCCAAACCAUUUUCUAUAAAACCGAAAAGAAUACUUUUAUGGUAGAAAGAGUUGCCCUUUAUCAAUACCAGAAAUUUAUCUUAAAGGACCUAGUGGAGUGUUCAGAGAAUUCCAAAUGCAUUGAUUUCAUAAACGAAUGGAAGAUUGAUCAUGAGAAUGGCGUUUACCUCGAAAAUUACUUUAAGGAACUUACCGAAGCUAAAGCGAACGAAGAUUCAGAUGCCAAUAAACUAAAUGAUGGUGAUGACGACGACUUCAACUUCCCCAUGCUAGGAACAAAUAUUCUAUAA